GGAGCCGAGCGCCACAGAGCCGAACACCUACAAACGGACGAACAGCGGCGGGUUUUUAUCCAGAUCUUCCACCGAUUAUUCUGCAGCUAAACCCCGAUAAACAGCGCAGGGAUGACGGCUCUCAGCAGCUGGGAGUUGUGCGUCAAAUACGCACUCUUCAUCUUUAAUUUCGUCUUCUGGCUGGCAGGUACGGCGGUGCUGGCUGUGGGUCUGUGGCUGCGGUUUGACACCAGGACAGCCGGACUGUUUGAGGGGGAGGAUGCGCCUACCGUCUUCUUCACUGGUGUGUACAUCCUGAUCGCGGCGGGGGCUCUGAUGAUGGUCGUGGGCUUCCUGGGAUGCUGCGGAGCCAUUAAGGAGUCGCCUUGCAUGCUGGGAUUGUUCUUCUUCUUCCUGCUCCUCAUCUUCGCUGUGGAAGUGGCUGCUGGGAUCUGGGGCCUAUCCAACAAGGACAGGGUGGUGGAGGACGUUACAGAGUUCUAUAAACUGACCUACAGCAACUAUAAAGACACCAGACAGGAAGCACUGAAGGAGACGCUGCGUCUAAUCCACUUUGGGCUGAACUGCUGCGGCCCCACGGGGACGGUGAUCGACGCCGCCAGAGAUAUCUGCCCCAAGAAGGAUGGACUGGAGGUCCUCAUCACCACGAGCUGUCCGGCUGCGAUCGACGAGAUGUUCAACAACAAACUGCACAUCAUCGGAGGGGUCGGCAUCGGUAUCGGUAUCAUCAUGAUCUUUGGGAUGAUCUUCAGCAUGAUGCUCUGCUGUGCCAUUAAGAAGUCCAGAGACUUUGUCUGAGCAGCCACAAAAGCAACCCACAGAAACCAUCUUUAACAUCGUAUGUGUCCUCACGCUCUGCUUUAACAACAGUCGUUCUUUAGUUCGGAUCCGUACAGGAUGGCCUCGUCGACCUGUGAGCGUAUGGAACCGCCUCCUUCAGAUCAUCUGCAGGAAGAAGAGACCUUAAAGACUCUGCUGCCCUCUGGAGGACCUUGAAGAUCACUAAUAACUCCUGUUUCUUCCGUUCAUCAGCUCCUCACUGUUGGAUAAUAACUUUAUGUAAAAUGUGUUGAAAGGUUGUAAUCGAACAUUCGUUUUCCAGCUAACUGAAUUUUACCACGUGGCUCUUUUUUUUGUUUUUGUUUUUAAUUUUGCUCGUUUCUGAAGUUACAGAUUUAAAUGCUUUUGAUUUUUUUUUAUAUAAAAGCUGAACUUUGGAGUUUUAUGCAAAUAUUAUGAGGAAUGAAGUUUAAAUAUAUCUUUAAAAUGCCAAAUAAAUGAACUAAUGAACACUG